AUGUUAGUAACCAAUGAAGAUCACAUACCAAUAGUGGAAAUUGAUGAUUCUCACGCCAGUUCUAUUAUGCAAGAUUUUCUCUGGUUCACAAAGGACAUACUUUCCUAUCACAGAAGGAGCCAACAGCGUCUGGCUCCAGGCCUUUAUUUGGGCUACUUAAAACUCUGCAGUUCCGUCGAUCAGAUCAAAGUUCUUGUGCUACAAAAGCUGCCCAACAUUCUGUGUCACGUUAAAAUCCGAGACAAUUGCAAUGUGUCCAGAGAGGAAUGGGAAUGGAUCCAAAGACUUUCUGGCUCAGAAUCUAUGGAAAAUAUGGAUCAUUCUGCCGAGUGUCCAACUCGACUCUUUUUUGAGCUCCAAAUGGCAAUGAGAGCCCUUCUUAAACAAAUCAAUCUACCUCUACAACAGGCUAAGCUGUUCCGUCUGUAUACACAGGAGGUGUUGGAACUGGGUCACAAUGUUUCCUUUCUUCUCCUGCUCCCUGCCUCAGACGACGUCUGCACUGCCCCAGGACAGAACAACCCUUACACCCUGCACACAGGAUUCCUUAACCUCCCUCUUCAGAUGUUUGAACUCGUUCAUUUUUGCAGUUACAAGGAAAAAUUUAUUAGCCUCUAUUGCCGCCUUUCCGCUGUCAUAGAGCUAGAUUUUCUGAGCACUCAGCAGUCCCUGAGGGAAGCCAUUUCAGACAGUGAAGUUGCUGCUGCUAAACUAAGACACCAACAAGUCCUAGAUUACAUACAGAGAAAUAUAUUCAGUAACAAUGGCAAUGCAGUGGCUCAGCAGUUAAGAGAUUCCCAGCCAUAUUCCGAUGAAGAAGGUUGCUCAGAGGUGUUCCUCCCAACUGACAGUGACUAUGAUUCCAGCGAUGCUUUGAGUCCACGAGAACUGGAUUUGGUUUAUUCAUCCUCCCAGGAUAUCUCCCAUCAGGCCGUGAGUUGUUUGAGUGGUAGCGCCCCAGAUGUCCUUCAAGUCCAUGACAUCAAACCCUGCUUGACUCCAAAACAAAACCCAAGAGGGAGCAGUGUCUUAGAGACAGAGGUUGAUCAGUCUACAGAGAACAUGCAGAGUCUGUCAAUUGGAAGGCUCUCACCCAAAAACCCAGAAAAGAAUUCCGGCUCAAAGCAAUCUUUGAGUUUCCUAGGGAAGAAAAAACAUGGGAAACAUCAGCACUACAAUUAUUUCAGCCGACACCAUCGCUGGCUCCGUGUACACAGCGAGACCCAGUCCAUCUCUCUUUCUGAAGGCCUCUACACUCCCCAUCUCACACAAGCCAUGGACUACUCUCAAGAGCCCACGCCUGGUGAGCAGAUCAGUAUUUCUAUUGAUUGCCCCCGCAGUACUUUCUUACCUCAUGCUUCAAGUCUCCCAGAAGAAGGGAAAAACAAAUACCAGGAACUGAGGCCAAACAUCCGCAGAAUAUAUGUUGAGCCUUACAAGACCAUAUUAUCCAGUGAAGGGAGCAAGCAGUCUGGAGAUCAUCCAGAUUUGCACAGCCCGUUGGGUCAAGGCAGGAUUGCAGAAGAUCAGUCUUGUUCUAACAUCCCCGAAGUGUUCAGCAGUGACCUGUAA